GGUACGGCUGAGCCACUGCAUAAUUUGUCGGCAUGAUCUAGUGUCAGAGACAGUGUCCUGGAAAGUUCGCAUCGGCAGAGAGAAACUCCCUGACUUUUCGCGCAAUGCAAGCAUUCGCGCUAUUGUGUUUGGAGUGGGUGGACAUUAGGUUUUGUUUUAUUUUCCUUGUUCUGUUUCUGAUAUUUGCUGAUAUUUUAAAAAACAAAUCUCCAAAGAAUUUCCCCCCAGGACCGUGGUCACUCCCUGUAAUUGGUGACAUCUUUCGUUUUGAUUCUUCUAAAAUCCAUCUUCAGUUGGUAAAGUUUAAAGAGCAGUAUGGAGAUAUUUUCAGUAUUCGACUGGGACCAAGGAUUGUUGUUCUGAGUGGUUUCAAACUAAUCAAAGAAGCCUUUGUCAAACACGCUGAAAACUUUGCGGAUCGUCCGUCCUUACCAUUGUUUGUAGACAUUAUCAAAAACAAUGGUUUGGUUGCCUCCAAUGGCUAUAUGUGGAAGCAGCAGAGAAGGUUUGCUCUCAUGACUCUGAAGAACUUUGGAGUGGGCAAGAGGAGUCUUGAGUCCUCCAUCCAAGUGGAGUGUAAAUGGCUGAAUGAAGCCAUGGGAAAUGAACAAGGCCGACCAUUUGACCCUCAGUUCACUGUUAACAAUGGCGUCUCUAACAUUAUCUGUUGCCUGGUGUUCGGGGAUCGGUUUGAUUACAGUGAUGAAUACUUCCAAAAUCUGCUGAGAUUAAUAAAUGAAGCAGUCUAUUUAGAAGGAGGCAUUUGGGCUCAGCUAUACAACAUCUUUCCCUGGGUAAUGCGAAGGGUACCAGGACCCCACAGAAAAAUAUUGACCCAUUGGGAAACGGUGAUCAACUUUGUGAAAUUGAAAAUUAAGGAACAUAGAGAUGACUGGGACCCAUCAACUCCCAGAGACUACAUUGACUGCUUCCUGAGUGAGAUGGAAAAGGUUGAAAAUGACAUAGACGCAGGUUUUAAUGAGGAGAAUUUGAGUAUAUGCACACUGGAUCUGUUUGUGGCAGGAACUGAGACCACAUCAACCACACUGUAUUGGGCUCUACUGUACAUGAUCAAGUAUCCUGAUGUACAAGAGAAGGUCCAGGCUGAGAUAGACAGAGUGAUUGGGCCAUCACGCCAGCCGUCUGUGGCAGACAGAACCAGCAUGCCUUACACUGAUGCUGUGAUCCAUGAGAUACAGAGGAUGGCAAACAUUGUGCCCCUGAAUGUGGCUCGAAUGGCCACUAAAGACACCACGCUUGGAAAGUAUACCAUACCAAAGGGUACAAUGGUGAUGGGAAUUUUAAUAUCUGUGCUGUUUGAUGAGUCCGAGUGGGAGACUCCACACAUCUUUAAUCCUGGACAUUUCCUGGAUGGAGAGGGAAACUUCAGAAGGAGAGAUGCCUUCAUGCCAUUUUCAGCUGGUAAGAGGGUGUGUCUGGGGGAGCAGCUGGCUCGGAUGGAGCUGUUCCUCUUCUUCACCUCUCUUCUCCAGAGGUUCACCUUCUCUCCUCCCCCGGGAGUGGAGCCCAGCCUGGACUUCAGAAUGGGAGCCACACUCAGCCCCAAGUCGUACAAGCUCUGUGCCAUUUCCCGCUGAGUGUAGCCGUGUUUGCUCAUGUAAACCUCAUGAAGGGUUUCAGUCGAUAACCUACUCAGCAAUGAUUUUUUUAAAAAUUAGGUUUUCUCUUGAGAAAGAUAGUGGGUUAUACCUUUUCACUUCUGUACACUAUAUAAAAUGAAAACUUCUGCAAUAUGAUUGUCACAUGUCCUAGUGUAUGUUGAAGUGGGUUUAAUUAACACAAAAUAAGUGCAGACGGCAAAGUUUUCUCAGGGCCCACCUUAACCUAGCUUUGGGUCAGAUUUCAUGAAAUUCACAGCAGAAUGCUUACUAUGAUUCUGAAACCAAGUGCGGAAAAAAAUCAUUGCUUGUAACUAUAAAAACAUACAAUGUGUUUAUAAAUAUUAUCAUCAGUACCUCACAAUAUAUACAUUAUUAUAUGGCUUUUAAUCAGAGAUGUCUAAAUGAUUUCAUAUGUCAUGGCUUUUAAGGAAAGGCAGGAACUACUAAGAUACACUGCCCCACUGACAUCACGCAUGAAGUCACAUCCAUCUGGAAAGGGGCUUUCUCAUAACAUUCGGCAUUCUGCAUUCUGUGCUUUUAUUGUAUGUAAGUUUGAUAUAUAGAUGUAAUGAUUAAUUACUGUCCUUACAGUCACGUACACCUUUGUGCAAGGAGAAAGCUGGGCAGGACAGGGUAAAAAUGAGAUCUCAUGAUUGGACCAUAGCUGAGAAUGAUCUUUUGAUUCUGUGAGAGCAACACACAGAGGUUGAGCCCUGAAUGUCUCAUGUAUAACGUAAUAGGCAAAAGUGUAAUGCAGUGACCCUUACUAGACUGAGAGGUAAGUAUCUCAUAUACAUAUCUGCAGGUUACCACUAUGGUGGACCUAGCUGCAUAUUUCCAUGUGGUUUGUAUUGUAGCACACUAAAUUUUUUUUCA